GUCACCUGUUAUUACUAAAUCUGUGACUAAAUCAAAGAACACGUGUGUGCGUUGUAGCCAUUCUCUGGUAAUUGUAAAAUUAUUUAAGCUUUCACUUGACUUUAAAAGAAACACCUUGAAAUAAAUUGUUCUACGAUAGAGAUAAGUCAAAAUCUAUUACAUCGUCUGUCUGUGAUUGGGAUUGGUGGUUGAGUGGUUUUAGGUUGCAUUAGUAUUGCAUCAGUUUUUAACUGUUUUUAAUAACAUUUAAUAAUCAGUGAUACGUGCCCGUCUUUGGAAAUAAGGAAGAUGUCUACAAAUACAAAAUUAUCUUUGGAAAAACAAAUAAGAGAACAAGGCGAUUUAGUAAGAAAAUUAAAAGCAUCAAAGGAAAGUAAAGAACGGGGUACGAAUGGAUCUUCAUUUGACAAAUAUCUGAAAGAAGAAUAUUUUGACUGCUUGAACAAAUAUCUCUCGAAUCACAGCUACCUGUGUCAGUAUCAGCCGACAAAUGCUGAUACACUCUUAUUCAAUUCACUAAGAAAUACAUCCAUUUUUGAAAAAUUCAUUCACUUAAAACGUUGGUAUGUUCAUAUUGCCAGCUUUUCACAAGUAGAAAGAAAUCUCUUUAUUGAAUAUGAUCAGAAUCAAGUCAAAAAUUUAACUGAUCUCCUUUACAAUGUUCAGAUUGCCGAAGAAGUAAACAAACUUCUUGAUCUGAAAGCCCAGGCACAAGCUACCUUUCCAAACACCGAUGAUGUGAAUGUUAACCAAAAAUUUACCCUUAAAACCCCAAAAGGAACUAGAGAUUAUUCCCCGGAGCAGAUGGCACUGCGCAAUUCGGUGCUAAGCAAGAUUACAGAAGUAUUUAAGAAGCACGGUGCUGUAACGAUAGACACACCAGUUUUUGAACUUAAAGAAGUGCUUACGGGAAAAUACGGAGAAGAUUCGAAACUCAUUUAUGACCUCGCAGAUCAAGGGGGCGAGAUUCUUUCUCUUAGAUAUGAUCUAACAGUUCCUUUCGCCAGAUAUCUGGCUAUGAAUAAAAUAACUAACAUAAAACGUUACCACAUUGCCAAAGUAUAUAGAAGGGACAACCCUUCAAUGGCUCGAGGUAGAUAUAGGGAAUUUUACCAAUGCGACUUUGACAUCGCUGGAACAUAUGAUCUGAUGCUUCCUGAUUCGGAAUGUAUUAAAAUUGUUUGUGAAAUUUUGGAUACUCUGGAAGUAACUCCUUAUGUCAUCAAAAUAAAUCACAGAUCACUUCUGGAUGGUAUGUUUGAAGCUUGUGGUGUUCCAGCAAGCAGUUUUAGAUGCAUAUGCUCUGCCAUUGAUAAACUGGACAAAUCCCCUUGGGAUGAAGUGAGAAAAGAAAUGAUUGAAGAGAAGGGUCUUUCAGAAGAGGUGGCGGAUAAAAUCGGCGAGUAUGUUAAGCUACACGGUAACACCGAUCUUGUUGAUAAGCUGUUAAAUGAUGACCUAUUAUCUAAGAAUAAAUGUGCAACAUCUGGCCUCGAGGCAAUUAAAUUACUUUUAAAAUAUUGCAACAUAUUUAAUGUGGCUGAUCGUGUUUUGUUCGAUUUGAGUUUAGCCAGAGGCUUAGAUUAUUAUACAGGUGUUAUAUAUGAAGCUGUUUUACUGGGAGAUAGUACUAAAGGUGAAGAUGUCUUAGUAGGGUCAGUAGCAGGAGGUGGCAGAUAUGAUAAUUUGGUUGGUAUGUUUGAUACCAAAAAUAAACAAGUACCUUGUGUUGGAGUUUCUAUAGGAGUUGAGAGAUUAUUUACUGUUAUGGAACAAAAAUUACAUGCAGCCAGUAGGAAAGUGAGGAGUACAGAAGUGGAUGUAUAUGUUUGCACAGCGCAAAAAGAUCUCGUCGACGAACGAUUGAAACUAUGUAAUGAAUUGUGGGAAAAUAACUUUAAGGUGGAAUAUUCAUACAAGAAAAAUCCCAAGCUUCUCGCUCAACUUCAAUAUUGUGAAGAGAAUAGUAUUCCGUUCGCGAUAAUUCUCGGACAAUCGGAAAUUAAAGAGGGCAUUGUUAAAUUGAGGAAUGUGCUGACCAGGGAUGAAAUAGCUGUCAAGAGGACGAAACUACCGGAAGAACUUUUAAAAAGAUUGGCGGAUUUAAAUAUUAACGGCACUGUUCCAAUAUAGUAUUAAUUCACAUUAGAUAACUUAAAAUA